CUCCUGACCUCCAUGGCUUACCAUCGCGAAUGGGACCAGGGCAAACCAUCUUAUGACGACCACUAUGCUGACAGCAAACGCCGAAAAUUUAAUUCUGGGGUUCUUAUACUUGGUUAUGAAGCGUCUCAAGCUUACACCGACUACGACAACGGAGCAGGGGCGUCUUUUCCGAAAAAGCGCCUCCAACCCUCGGAACCCAGUCCACAUGUCAUCUUCCUUGGACUGGAUCCUGACUUCAACGAAGCUGAUCUGCAAAAGUAUCUCGUCUCACUUGGCUGUAGCAUCGAGUCUGUCACAAUUAUCCGCGAGAGAACAUCAGGCACUUGCUCAUUCGUAUUCCAUCGUGCCUCCAAGGGCUUUGGAUUCGCUUGCUUUUCCUCCAUCGAACACGCGCGGACUUUUGUCGACCCACGAUUCCCUUUUGUUCAAAUACCGCCUCCCGCCUCACAUGGAGCCACUGCCACUGCAACUUUCUAUAAGGCGAUUGAGAGUGGUGUUCCUCACAAUGGUCGUCGAGUCAAAAUCGAUUUCUCACAAAGCGUCAACCCAAGCGACAGAGGGAAAGGAAACAGGGCAAACGCAAACGACGGAACUCGUGACAUUGGCAGUGCACCAGCGGCCGUUCUACUUUUCCGUGGACUGGACCCUCUUUCCGGUCCUCAGGCGAUUUAUCAAGCUAUGCUUUCAUCCUCAGGACCGGGAAAAAUCGGUGCCAAGGGCAUGAAACGAAUCAUAUUGAUCAAAGACAAGACGACUUUGGCCAGUUUGGGUUUCGCCUUCGUCGAGUUUGUGGAUAUUCAGGCGGCAAGCACUGUCCUCGGUGCAACGAUGUCGCCUCAAAUCCAUCCAUCCGGCUUUCGAAUUUCCGACCGACCUGUCGCUGUUUCGUUCGCUCAUCCAUACUCAUUUCAACCUAUUGCAGACCUGAUGAUCCGCGACGACGCCUGCAUAGCUGGGUCAACAAGUCUCGGCGGAGAGGACAACACAUUGGUCAGGUAUUGGGACGAGACAUCAACGAUUGCCCAUUUGGAGUUUGAAGUCGAGGAAUCUACUCAGCCCACCGCGGCCACUGCGACAACCAAGGACAAAAAAGAAAAGAAGAAGCACCGAGAUACGGAGGUUGUCCAGGAUAUGCCGGCGGCUGCAUCUGCGUUACCAGUUUCCGACAAACCUGUUACCCUAAGCUUCAACAAAGGUCUUGGGCGGGCAGGUCCUGUUCCUGCUAAGCCUGUUAACCCGGCGUUUUCCCUCGAUGACGGUGGUAUCGAUAAUGAAGUAGAAGAGGAGCGUGCCAAAGGCUCUGCACGAGUUGUUCCUCUAAUGGCGAGCAAGAAGACGGCAACCAACAUCAACAAAUGGAAUCAAGUCCAAGAAGAGCUGAAAGAUUCUGCCCCUCAAACAACCUCUUCUCUGGUGACCUUCUUUUGGCUAUACCUCCCGAAAAUCUGGGCGCCUGUUAAGAAGAGUGAACCUGUUGCUUCCAUGGUGGUCGAUACCCAGCCUCCAGAGGACGACUUCGAGUUUUCCGAUCUCGAUGCGUUGACCUGUCUCCUCUGUGCGCGACAGCUCGCAUCUAUGCUGCUAUGUUUUCUUAUUGGCGAGACUGGGCUAACGCAACUUUCCGGCAUGCUCUGCUACCCACAGAAAAACCUCAAGGACGCAAAUCUUCGCGAUGUUGCACGACAGAAGGUCGCCACACGAAAGGCCGCAAGUGGGUCGGAACAGCCGAAAUAUAGAGACCGAGCCUCUGAACGACGAGUGCUCUUCAAUCAACCCGAAGUUCCUGUCCCAGAGAAAGACAACAACAAAACGGGCACUCGAAAGCGACAAGCAGAUGGCCCACCGCCGCCGCCUUCUCCUCCACCAGCGCCUGUCAAUCCAGGCCAGGAUGACAGCAAUGUCGGCAACAAACUGCUCAAGAUGAUGGGCUGGACCGAAGGCACAGGCCUAGGAACUAGUGGCGAAGGCCGCGUAGACCCAAUAUCUGCCGCAGUUUACGCUCAGGGAGUUGGUCUGGGUGCUAUGAAAGGGAAGGAUAUUACGACGAUCACCUCGAAGUCCACUUUCAACGCAAUGCCCCACCAGAAAGCCAACCAGAAAUUCCGUUUCGGAUCUUGGAUUCGACUUCACGGUGUCGACCUCAUUACCAUGGCCCUGAUGGGCGCCCUUGGCCUUGGGAUCUAUGAGGCUCCUCCUGCUCCGAGCAGGUCAUUUCCUGUCUACUUUCAGGACGGACAAGUGGUCUAUCCACAAUUCGCAUACCCAAUGCGUAAAGAAAUUGUGCCCAUUGUCGCUGCAGCGUUGAUAGCGUUCUUUGUGCCAUUUUUCUUUUUCUGUCUGUUCCAACUUCGACGCCGAAGUCUCGAGGACCUGUGCACAACAACGCUUGGGCUAUUGAAGAGUCUUAUCACUGCCGCAGUGUUCCAAGUAUGGGUGAAAUGGUUGAUUGGUGGCUUGCGACCCCAUUUCCUUGUUGCGUGUAUGCCCAACAUACAACCUGGGGCUGCACCUUCUGGGAAUGGCUUUGCGUCGAUUAUGUACGACCGGAGUAUCUGCACAGGCGAUGAAAAGACGAUCAACGACUCGCUCGAGUCCAUGCCAUCAGGACAUUCAACAGCCGCUUGGGCUGGCUUAUUCUAUCUUUCCUUAUACUUCAAUGCUCAAUUGAAGGUCAUGAGCGCGCAUAACUCGGCAUAUUGGAAGAUGAUACUCAUGUUCUGCCCUCUUCUUGGAGCAACCUUGAUUUCAGGGGCUUUGACGAUUGACGAAUUUCACAACUGGUAUGAUGUGCUUGCUGGAGCUAUCAUCGGUAUCAGCACGGCGAUAGUCGCCUUUCGCUCAACUUUUGCCGCUGUCACCGACUUCAGGUACAAUCACAUAGCUCUUCCUCGAGCAACUUCACUGUUCCAUCGCCAUGGCGCUGGUGAUAUAAUGCCUUUCUUCGAUUAUUCGCGACAGGCAGAAUAUUCGUCUCAUCAACUACCUUUCACAAGAGAGGGAGGCUGGGGGUUGGGUGGUGCAGAGGGAGUUGUUGGCGCACCUGGUGAUGCUACUGCGUUAGGUCUGGGCGGUGGGGCAGCAACAAAUGGAGCUCGUGUACAGAAUGGCGAUAAUAUGGUGUAA